UUUCCGUAAAUCUCAAGGAGUUGAAAACGAACAAUCUCUCACUCAUGGUCUGCCCCGAUCACACACCUUUACAUGUAGACCAUAAAUAAUUGUACAGAUAGAUAUUUCAUUUAGUUUGUGAGAUGGGGUUUCAAGAAUUCGUGAAUUCCAUUGACUGGGAACAUGAAUCCUACACAGAAUAUAAAGAUUUCAUAGUGCUUCCAAUUUUCGCAAUCUUUUUUCCUACAGUUCGGUUUUUCCUUGACAGAUUUGUAUUUGAGAAAUUGGGCAGACGAAUAAUAUUUGGAAAAGGGAUGCAAGUGGUGGAAAAUGAGACAGCCGAACGAAGAAAGAAGAUACGAAAAUUUAAGGAGUCAGCAUGGAAAUGUGUUUACUUUCUUUCAGCUGAGAUCUUGGCACUUCUUGUAACAUAUAAUGAACCUUGGUUCAGAAACACCAAAUACUUUUGGGUAGGGCCAGGAAAUCAGGUCUGGCCUGACCAGAAAUAUAAGUUGAAGCUGAAAGGUCUGUAUAUGUAUGAUGGUGGAUUCUACACGUACUCCAUAUUUGCUCUGAUAUUUUGGGAAACCAGGCGCUCUGAUUUUUGGGCUUCUAUGGGUCAUCAUGUUGCAACUUUCAUCCUAAUCGUGCUUUCUUAUAAAUUCAGGUUUGCCCGUGUUGGUUCAGUUGUUUUAGCUCUUCAUGAUGCUAGUGAUGUAUUUCUGGAAGUAGGAAAGAUGUCCAAAUACGGCGGCACAGAAACAUUGGCUAGCUUUUCGUUUGUUCUAUUUGUCUUGUCCUGGGUUCUACUACGUCUCAUUUACUAUCCAUUCUGGGUCCUUUGGAGCACAAGCUAUGAAGUUAUCCAGACCUUGGAUAAGGAGAAACACAGAGUGGAUGGACCAAUCUACUAUUACAUCUUCAAUUUUUUCCUUUUCUUCUUGCUCGUUCUCAACAUCUACUGGUGGGUGCUGAUGUAUCGGAUGCUUGUCAAUCAAAUCCAUGCUAGAGGCCACGUCAGUGAAGAUGUUCGAUCCGAUUCUGAGGAUGAAGAUCAGCAUGAAGAUUGAUCAUAAAAGCAGAUUUUCGUCAUUGUUUCAUUCACUUGAUGAUAAAUGAACUACAUGACCCAAUAUUCAAGUGAUAUUUUUAUGACAAAAAUUUUCUUUCGAUUCAACAGAACUGUGUAAAACAGGAUUUGCUUUGACCUGACCAGUCGAAAAGGUCAGAAGUCGAGAGAGAAGGUUGAUUUUUCAUUACGAAUGUUUAUGCAAUUUAUCAAUCUCAGAGCCUCGUAAUGUUUUAUUUACUACUGCUAUUUUCCUUAAGGAAGAUUUAUUUUUGAUGGUUUCUGGUAUUUAUAAAAAGAUUUCUUGGAA